CCACCAGGGGCGGUGAUGUCGGUCCUUCCAGCAGCAGGGGCGGUCGCGCGCCUGGGGCUGCGCGCGACCGGCGGUGUGCGUACGGGUGUCGGGGUCGCGCUCUGUCGGGUCUCGGGGUGCAGGUGGACGCGAGGCCGCCCCGGAGCGAUGGCGCUACGCGAGUUCGAGCGACACCUGGACUCGCUGAGCUCGGAGCUGGGCAGCGAGGCGAGUCGGGCGGCGGGACCGGCGGGCGGUUCGACUGGGGAGGCCGAGGAGCUGCAUUACAUCCCUGUGCGGGUGCUGGGCCGCGGCGCCUUCGGCGAGGCCACGCUGUACCGGCGGACCGAGGAUGACUCGCUGGUGGUGUGGAAGGAGAUCGACCUGGCAAGGCUGUCAGAGCGAGAGCGGCAGGACACACAGAACGAGAUCCUCAUCCUGUCCGUGCUGCAGCACCACAACAUCAUCGCCUACUACAACCACUUCCUAGACAACAGCCGGCUGCUCAUCGAGGUUGAGUACUGCAACGGAGGGAACUUGUACGACAAAAUUCUGCAGCAGGGAGACAAACUCUUCCCCGAGGAGACAGUGGUGUGGUAUCUAUACCAGAUCGUCUCUGCGGUGGCACACAUCCACAGCUAUGGCAUCCUGCACCGAGACAUUAAGACACUGAACAUCUUCCUCACCAAGUCCGACCUGAUCAAGCUUGGCGACUAUGGACUGGCCAAGCGGCUCAACUCUCCCCACUCCAUGGCUGAAACGUGUGUCGGUACUCCCUACUACAUGUCCCCAGAACUGUGCCAGGGGGAGCGCUACAACUUCAAGUCGGACAUCUGGGCAGUGGGCUGUGUGCUCUGUGAGCUGCUCACCCUCAAACGCACCUUCGAUGCCACCAACCCACUGAACCUGUGUGUGAAGAUUGUGAAGGGGACACGUACGAUGGAGGUGGACGCCAGUGUGUACAGCGAGGAUGCCCGUUCCAUUGUACUGGAGUGUUUGGACACGGACCCCAACAAGAGGCCAACGGCUGAGGAGAUCCUGAGCCGACCUGUCAUCAGCACCCGGAGAGUGCUGAUGGAGGACAGAGUCACUCAGCUCAAUGCUCCUGCCCGGAAAACAAGACUGAAUGCCCCUGCCGACCCAUCCAUCGCCGUGGUGACCAGCCGGUUCAGUGACGUGUAUUUCUGGGGAGGGGGCAAGGCCACCCCCCAGAAGCUAGACCUGUUCAAGAGUGGCCGCAGUGCCCAGCAGGUCUGUGCCAGCAACACCCACUUCGCCGUAGUGUCUGUCGAGAAGGAGCUGUACACCUGGGCGAAUGUGCAGGGGGGCAGGAAGAUGGUGGGUCAGCUGGGCCAUGGAGACCGGGCCUCCUACCGCCAGCCAAAGUGGGUGGAGAAGCUCCAAGGAAAGGCCAUCCACCAAGCAGCCUGUGGUGACGAAUUCACUGUCUGUAUCACCGAUGAGGGACAUCUGUAUGCCUUUGGUUCCGAUUACUACGGCUGCAUUGGGUGUGAUGGUCAGUACGGUCAGGAGGUGUUGGAGCCGGUGCUGGUGGAUUUCUCCCUUGAUCAUGCCGUCCAGCAGGUAUCCUGCGGCGAUAAUCACGUGGUGGCACUGACACGGAACAAAGAGGUCUUCGCCUGGGGCUGCGGUGAGCACGGGCGCCUCGGGCUGGAUUCAGAGGAGGAUUACCCGUACCCAGAACGGGUGGACGUGCCAGUGAGCCUGAGCGUGGUGUCGGUGCAGUGUGGGUCUGAUGGCACUUUCUUUGUCACCCAGAGUGGGAAGGUGCUGGCCUGUGGCAAUAAUGAGUACAACAAGCUCGGCCUCAACCACUACAUGAGAGGCCUCAGGACCCAGCACAACAAGCCUGACCAGGAGGUGCCCUACAUGACAACACUGACCUUAUCCAAGCAGCUGGCCAUCUACAGGGUGAAGACCGUCGCUGCAGGCAAGACCCACACCGCAGCCAUCGACGAGCGAGGGCGCCUGUUGACGUUUGGCUGUAACAAAUACGGGCAGCUGGGUGUAGGAGACUACAGGAAACGAGAUGGCAUCAACGUUCUGAUGGGGGCCCUUGGAGGGAAGCAGGUGACCAGAGUGUCGUGUGGAGACGGGUUCACCAUCGCAUCCACCGAUGAUAACCAGAUCUUCGCCUGGGGUAAUGGAGGGAAUGGUCGGCUCGGAAUGACGGUCAACGAGAAAGGGUUCGGCUCAGAGAUCUGCACCUCAUGGCCUCGGCCCAUCUUCGGUUCACUGCACAACGUAUCUGACUUGUCCUGUAGGGGCUGGCAUACGAUCCUCAUAGCUGAAAUCGUGUUUGUGUCCAAAACUAUUCGCUCCAACAGCAGUGGGAUCUCCAUUGGAGCUGUUACACAGGUCUCUCUGCCAGAGGACGAGGCUGUCUCCGAGUGUGAGCGGCAAAACCAGAUGAAACGAACGGCUGAGGACAAACGAGGCGUCGGCCUCUUCAACCGGCUCACCACCUCCAGCCAGCUGACUGACACCUCCUGCCCCCAGUGGCUACUACAGGAACUGGAGAAUGCUGAGUUCAUCCCAAUUCCAGACAGCCCAGCAGAAGCACCUAGGCAGCCAUCCAGAUCAGAGGCGGACACCCUUCCCUAUGGGCAGCUGAGGGCGAUGAAGGACAAGGAACCGGAGAACACAGAGUUCAUCACAGUCCCAGAGAGCCCAGUGGAAGCAGCCAAGCUGCCAUCUCGAUCGAAAGCGGAAACCCUUCCCUAUGGGCAGCCAAGGGCGAAGGAGGAGAGGGGUCAGGCGGCGGGCUCGGCUGAUGUGUCAGCUGUGGUGAAUGGAGCAGACUCAGGGGAUGGUUCCACGUUUCCUGGGCAACAGUGUGUGUGCAGUGAAGUACAGGCAGAGCUCAGACAGCUGGAGCAGCGACUGACAGAGUGCGUCAAACAGCAGCAGGCAUUGGAGGAGGAGAACCGGAACUCUGGGGCCGAGAUCCACCGCCUGAGUGGGGUUCUGGAGUUACUUUCCCAGAUGGAACAGAGGCUGAAGAUUAAUGAGGAGACAGUGAAUCGUUUGGAAAAGCAGGUGCAGAGUCAGGAGGAGGAGAAUCGUCGGCUGUGGGCUGCUGUGCGUGCCCUGGGAGAGCAACGAGUGGGGAGCAGUGGGGAGAGGCUGACAGAGGCUGAAGCAGGACCUUCCCAGCCCCCCAGCCCCGCCUCACCCCCAGGCUCCGGCUCCUUCUGUCACAUCGAGUAGUGUGGGCUAUCUGCCUGCCCUUACUUCCUCUGCCUCCAUCCAAGCUGACAUAGGACACUUCCCUGAGUGUGUCAGUGUCAUGCAGCCUUCUAUGUGGCUCUCUGUCUCUCUCUCUCCCUCUCUCGUUCAUACACACUGUCACAUGCCCUUUCACUCGCCCUCUCUCACAUUCUCUCUCUCUCUCUCUCUCACACACACACACACACACACACACACACUUUCUUUCUCUCCUACACACAUACACCCCGCAGGAAGGAGCCCAGGACUGUGAGAAAAUCCUUACUACAGCAGGCUGCCACUGGCCGUUGAAGUGUUUUAGCACCCAGGGGUGAGGCAGUGUGAUGGUGUGUUAUGUGGGUGUCAACGCUGACUGGGAGUGGUGUUUACCUGUUCACUCCUUGCGCUGUAUAUGGUGAGUUUGCUUCACUGUAUAUCUUUCCCAGAGGUGAUCCAAGCCCACUAUUUGUAGAUUCCAGCUUGGGUCACUUUUAAGUUCGGUGCCUUAAAGUAGUUCAGAUCCACCCUGCACUCAGCUCACUCCUGUGCCUUAGAACCAAACACCCUCAGUGAGUUUACAGUGUUGAGCAGCGCUUUGCACAGAUGCCUGGGUUCGGCAGGAGAAGGAUUGGGGCUUCUCCCUGCUUCACCCCCACUUCCUCAGCGCUGUGGGAAAAAGCAGCUAGUUGAUGGGCUAGUCACAGAGUGUUGGGGUAAAGGUGCAAGGAAGCCACAAAUCUUCAGGCAUCUCGCUGGCUUUAUGUGGGAUUUCAUGAACUCAUGCCAUCUCCACUGCCAGUGCCCCUGGUCUGGCUCAGGGCCCCAGGGAGAGUCAGUGUGACCUGGUGUGGGCAGCUCACUCCGGUUAGGACACUGUGUGACCAGGAGCAACCCAGUGAUCAGUUUGAGGCAUGCUGCUCCCUCCUGUUCCAUCAGUUCCUAUGCUCUUUUUUUCCCACUUCACUGUGUGUCCUGGGAAUGUUCCUGGCUGCUGACUCGGGGGGGCCAGGAAUGCUUGGAGCUGCCUCCCUCCCCUCUGUUCCCGGGCUCACAUACACUCCACAGCCCAGUGAGCUGAGACCUCAGACGCUAAAAGUUUGAACACUAAUUUUUUUAUGCUCAUUGUUACUUUGAAGAAGGGUGUAAUCAGAAUUAAACAGUUUGAAAUCUGC